GUUAUCCUCUUCAUUACAAGCAAGAUGUCUUCGUUGACUGCUAUUGUGCCGCUUACUAUUACAUCUAAGGCAUCUCCAGGCAAAACAGAUGUGCAUGGUGGAAAACUUCAAUUUGCUCAAUCUGGUCUAGUGAAGCAUGUUACACGAUCUCCAUGUUUUCAAAGCAGAAAGCCCAUCUCAGAUUUUAUUCGAUUGCAGUCUGCCACAGUAAUAUGUGCAGCUGCUUUGAACGCGAAGUGUGGUGCAGAGCAAACCCAGACUGUUACACGCCAGGCACCAACAUCAGUAAUUACCAAUGCUCCCAUUCAAGGCAAGGAAAAAUCACCGGAGCUUGAUGAUGGGGGGACUGGAUUACCACCUCGUGAUGACGAUGGUGGUGGCGGUGGAGGUGGCGGUGGAGGAGGUUGGAAGGGAGGAUUUUUCUUUUUUGGCUUUCUUGCAUUUCUGGGCCUCUUGAAGGAUCAAGAAAACGAGGGGCCUUAUAGGGAAGAGAGGAGAAGAUGAAUGGACUAUAAAGCAGCUCUCUAGUCAGUUGUGUAAUAUUUUUUCUCCACCCUUCCUGUAUCAAAGUAUCUACAUUGUUGCAAC